GCGGAAGGAGACGGAGCAGCUCCUGCAGGACAAUGUGAGACACGGAGCAGGAGAAGCUUCAGAACCGAGCAGCCGCCGCGAUGGCAGCGGGGACGCAGUGAUCGCACCUCGGAGCUCCGACCUGUGACCGACAGUCGCUGGAAAGCCUCCUCGUGUCGGGCCCGGAGCGGCCGCGGGAUGGGAGCCCCGCGCUGAGAGCAGCGGCAGCGGCAGCGGCGCUGGGCCGAGCACCGGGAGAAAGAUGGGAGUCGCGCUGCGGAGCCUGUUGUUGUGCACUUUUUGUUUUCUCGUACGAGGCGACCCCCUCCUGCUGUAUGCGAACCGGCGGGACCUGCGGCUGGUGGACGCCGGGCGGGACAAGGCCAACGCCUCGGUGGUGGUGGGCGGGCUGGAGGACGCCGCCGCCGUGGACUUCGUCUUCUCGCGGGGCCUCAUCUACUGGAGCGACGUGAGCGAGGAGGCCAUCAAACGCACCUCCUUCAACCGGUCGGGCGGCGGCGGCGGCGGCGGCGGCGUGGAGACGGUGGUGCCGGGCCUGGCCUCGCCCGACGGCCUGGCCUGCGACUGGCUCGGCAGCAAGCUGUACUGGACGGACUCGGAGACCAACCGCAUCGAGGUGGCGGAGCUGGACGGGACGCUGAGGAAGGUCCUGUUCUGGCAGGAGCUGGAUCAGCCCAGAGCCAUCGCCCUGGAUCCACAGAGGGGCUUCAUGUACUGGACCGACUGGGGCGAGGUCCCCAAGAUCGAGCGGGCGGGGAUGGACGGCGCCAACCGCUCCAUGAUCGUGGACAAGGAGAUCUACUGGCCCAACGGCCUGACGCUGGACUACGGCCUGCAGAAGCUGUACUGGGCCGACGCCAAGCACAACUUCAUCCACCGCGCCAACCUGGACGGCUCCUCCAGGGAGGUGGUGGUGAAGGGGGAGCUGCCCCACCCCUUCGCCCUCACCCUGUACCAGGACACGCUGUUCUGGACCGACUGGAACACACACUCCAUACACUCCUGCCGGAAGCAGACGGGCGGCGAGCAGCGCAUCGUGCACUCCGACAUCUUCUCGCCCAUGGACAUCCACGUGUUCAGCGCCGAGAGGCAGCUGCUCGUGAGCAGCCCCUGCUCUCUGAACAAUGGCGGCUGUUCCCACCUCUGCCUGCUGUCUCCCGGAGCGCCGUUCUUCCAGUGCGCCUGUCCCACCGGAGUCCAGCUGCUGGAGGACGGCAAGACCUGCAGAGACGGUGCGACGGAGAUGCUGCUGCUGGCGCGGCGCACCGACCUGCGCCGCAUCUCGCUGGACACGCCCGACUUCACCGACGUCAUCCUGCAGGUGGACGACAUCCGCCACGCCAUCGCCAUCGACUACGACCCGGCGGAGGGCUACAUCUACUGGACGGACGACGACGUGCGCGCCAUCCGCCGCUCGCGGCUGGACGGCGGCGACGCGGAGUUCGUGGUCACGUCGCAGGUCAGCCACCCGGACGGCAUCGCCGUCGACUGGAUCGCGCGCAACCUGUACUGGACCGACACCGGCACGGACCGCAUCGAGGUGACCCGGCUCAACGGCACCAUGCGCAAGAUCCUGAUCUCCGAGGACCUGGACGAGCCGCGCGCCAUCGUGCUGGACCCCGAGGCCGGGUACAUGUACUGGACGGACUGGGGCGAGGUGCCGAAGAUCGAGCGGGCCGACCUGGACGGGACGGAGCGGGUGGUGAUGGUCAACACGUCGCUGGGCUGGCCCAACGGCCUGGCGCUGGACUACCAGCAGAGGAAGAUCUACUGGGGCGACGCCAAGACCGACAAGAUCGAGAUGAUGAACAUGGACGGGUCCGGGCGCCGCGUCGUGGUCGACAUCAACCUGCCGCACAUCUUCGGCUUCACGCUGCUGGGAGACUUCAUCUACUGGACGGACUGGCAGCGCCGCAGCAUCGAGCGGGUCCACAAGCGCACGGCGGAGCGGCAGGUCAUCAUCGACCAGCUGCCCGACCUCAUGGGCCUCAAGGCCACGUCGGUGCACCGGGUCCGCGGCACCAACCCGUGCGCCGAGGCCAACGGCGGCUGCAGCCACCUGUGCCUGUUCAAGCCGCGGGGCGUCCAGUGCGGCUGCCCGAUCGGCCUGGAGCUCAUCGCCGACAUGCGGACCUGCAUCGUGCCCGAGGCCUUCCUGCUCUUCUCCCGCCACACCGACAUCCGCCGCAUCUCGCUGGAGACCAACAACAACAACGUGGCCAUCCCGCUGAGCGGCGUCAAGGAGGCGUCGGCGCUCGACUUCGACGUCACCGACAACCGCAUCUACUGGACCGACAUCACGCUGAAGACCAUCUCCCGGGCCUUCAUGAACGGCAGCGCCCUGGAGCACGUGGUGGAGUUCGGCCUGGACUACCCGGAGGGGAUGGCGGUGGACUGGCUGGGGAAGAACCUGUACUGGGCCGACACCGGCACCAACCGCAUCGAGGUGGCCAAGCUGGACGGCCAGCACCGGCAGGUCCUGGUCUGGAAGGACCUGGACAGUCCCCGGGCGCUGGCCCUGGACCCGGCUGAGGGGUACAUGUACUGGACCGAGUGGGGCGGCAAGCCCAAGAUCGACCGGGCGGCGAUGGACGGGACCGGCCGCAUCACGCUGGUGGCCGACGUGGGCCGGGCCAACGGCCUGACCAUCGACUACGCAGAGCGGCGCCUCUACUGGACGGACCUGGACACCACGCUCAUCGAGUCCUCCAACAUGCUCGGUCAGGACCGGGAGGUGAUCGCCGACGACCUGCCGCACCCGUUCGGCCUGACCCAGUACCAGGACUACAUCUACUGGACGGACUGGAGCCAGCGCAGCAUCGAGCGGGCCAACAAGACCAGCGGCCAGAACCGCACCGUGAUCCAGGGCCACCUGGACUACGUCAUGGACAUCCUGGUCUUCCACUCGUCCCGCCAGGGCGGCUGGAACGCCUGCGCCUCCACCAACGGCCACUGCUCGCACCUGUGCCUGGCCGUGCCCGUCAGCAGCUUCGUCUGCGGAUGCCCCGCCCACUUCUCCCUCAACUACGACAACAAGACCUGCAGCGCGCCGACGUCCUUCCUGCUGUUCAGCCAGAAGACGGCGAUCAACCGGAUGGUGAUGGACGAGCAGCAGAGCCCCGACAUCAUCCUGCCCAUCCACAGCCUGCGCAACGUCCGCGCCAUCGACUACGACCCGCUGGACAAGCAGCUGUACUGGAUCGACUCCAAGCAGAGCGUCAUCCGCCGGGCGCAGGAGGACGGCAACCAGAGCAUGACGGUGGUGUCGGCGCCGGCGGGCGGCGCCCCGGGGGGGCUGCAGCUGUACGACCUGAGCAUCGACGUCUACAGCCGCUUCAUCUACUGGACCAGCGAGGUCACCAACGUCAUCAACGUGACGCGCACCGACGGCGGCCGCGUGGGCGUGGUGCUGCACGGCGAGCACGACAAGCCGCGCGCCAUCGUGGUCAACCCCGAGAGAGGCUACAUGUACUUCACCAACCUGCUGGAGCGCUCGCCCAAGAUCGAGCGGGCGGCGCUGGACGGCACGGAGCGCGAGGUGCUGUUCUUCAGCGGCCUGGGGAAGCCGGUGGCGCUCGCCGUCGACAACCAGGUGGGGAAGCUGUUCUGGGUGGACUCGGACCUGCGGCGCAUCGAGAGCAGCGACCUCUCCGGGGCGAACCGCGUCGUCAUCGCCGACUCCAACAUCCUGCAGCCGGUGGGCCUCACCGUGUUCGGGAGCCACCUGUACUGGAUCGACAAGCAGCAGCAGAUGAUCGAGCGCAUCGACAAGACCACCAGGGAGGGCCGCACCAAGAUCCAGGCCCGCAUCGCCUACCUGAGCGACAUCCACGCCGUGCACGAGCUGGACAUGAGGGAGUACGGGAAGCAUCCGUGCACGUGGGACAACGGCGGCUGCUCGCACAUCUGCAUCGUGAAGGGCGACGGGACGACGCGCUGCUCCUGCCCCGUCCACCUGGUGCUGCUGCCCGACGAGCUGUCCUGCGGAGAGCCGCCCACCUGCUCGCCCGAGCAGUUCUCCUGCGCCUCCGGCGAGGUGGACUGCAUCCCGCAGGCGUGGCGCUGCGACGGCUACCCCGAGUGCGACGACAGCAGCGACGAGGAGGACUGCCCCGUCUGCUCCGACGCCGAGUUCCAGUGCGACAGCCGGCAGUGCAUCGACCGCAGCCUGCGCUGCAACGGCGACGUCAACUGCCAGGACCGCUCCGACGAGAACAAGUGUGAAGUUCGCUGUCCGGCCGAUCAGUUCACCUGCUCCAACGGUCAGUGCAUCGGCAAGCACAAGAAGUGCGACCACAACAUGGACUGCACCGACAACUCGGACGAGAUCGGCUGCUACCCGACGGAGGAGCCGCGCCCGCCCACCAACAACACCAUCAUCUGGGUGGUGUGCGUGGUCCUGGUGGUGUUCGUGGUGGGCGCCGUGUACUUCGUGUGCCAGCGCGUCCUGUGCCCCCAGAUGAAGGACGACGGCGAGACGGUCACCAACGACUUCGUGGUCCACGGCCCGUCCUCGGUGCCGCUGGGAUACGUGCCGCAUCCCGGCUCGCUGUCCAGCUCGCUGCCCGGUAUGUCCAGAGGGAAGUCGGUGAUCGGCUCGCUCAGCAUCAUGGGAGGCAGCAGCGGGCCGCCGUACGACCGCGCCCACGUCACCGGGGCGUCGUCCAGCAGCUCGUCCAGCACCAAGGGCACGUACUUCCCCCCGAUCCUCAACCCUCCUCCGUCCCCGGCCACCGUGCGCUCCCAGUACACCAUGGAGUUCGGAUAUUCCUCCAACAGUCCGUCGACACACAGAUCCUACAGCUACCGGCCGUACACCUACCGACACUUUGCCCCGCCCACCACCCCCUGCAGCACGGACGUGUGCGACAGCGACUACACGCCGGGUCGCCGGGCGCCGCUCAAGUCCGGCGCCGCCGCCGCCACCAAGGGCUACACCAGCGACCUCAACUACGACUCGGAGCCUUUCCCGCCGCCGCCGACGCCCCGCAGCCAGUACCUGUCGGCGGAGGAGAACUGCGAGAGCUGCCCGCCGUCGCCUUACACCGAGCGCAGCUACUCGCACCACCUGUACCCGCCGCCGCCGUCGCCCUGCACGGACUCCUCGUGAGCCGGCCGCACAGCUCCGCCCCCUCACUGUAAAUAGCAAUUGUGCAUAUAUGAGGCGAAAAAUGGGAAAGAGACUGAAAGGAGGCCGAAAAAGGGAACGAGGAGCUGCAGGAACAUUUGUACAAACAGAGAAAAACAUAUUUAUAUAUUUUCUAUACAGUGUUUACUGAUGACGCCAUAGAGGUUUGUAUUAAGAAAUUUGUACAUUUUUUAAGAAAAGGUUUUAUUAAAUCAUCACAAAUAUAAGUUGCCUUAAAGCAGAAGAGAGAAAAAGAGGCUGAAGGACAAAAAAAAAUCCCAUCAUCAUCAGCGGGGCGUUCCACUUAUCCAAUGCCAAAUACCAACAGUCACCGGAGGAGGAGCCUGUUACCACGGAGACGGGAUCAGGAGGCGUGACUCGCAGCCCGAACCGCGACGCCGACGUUCAGACGGAUUUAAACCAAAACACACUCUGUGUCUUUCUGUUCUCAUUGAGGAAAAAAAAAAAAAACGCCCGGCUGCACCUUGAAGCCCCGCGAGGCGCCAGCGGCGGCGGCGGCGGCGUCUCCAUGGAGAAGACGAUCUCGUGCCUGACGCAGCUUCAUGUUGGUUUUUUUUUUUUUUUUUAUUGUGACUUUGAGGAAUCAGUGCCCAGGAGAUGCUCCAUAGUAUUUUUGUACCACAUAUUGUGUAGAUACGUAUUUAUAAGCUAUAUAGAAUCGACUUGUAAAUCUCCAUCCGACUCUCCAUUCCGUCUUUUUUUAUACCGCCUCCUUCUAUUUUUCUACAAAUGCUGACAAUCUCCCAUCAGGCCGUCUCCACGUGUGUGAAGGAACCUCCAACCGUUCUGGAGGCAGCUGUCAGGACCACAGGUUGAACCACACAAAUGGAGCCUUGUUUGUUUUUAUUUUAUUUUUUCCUGCUUGUUUGACACGUUGUAAGAAGAAGUGAAAAAAAAAACACCAGCAUGACUUUAAUGACAAUCUUUAAACAUGUUUUUUUUAAUUGUUUGUUAGUUUCUUAAAUUGUUUCAGCGGAUGUCAGUGUUGUGUUCAGGAACCACAGGAAAUUGUUGGGUUUUUUUUUUUUUAUGUGCCAUCAAAACAUCUUCAGAUUCUGUCACUUGUGAACUUUUAACGGUACAGUCGGAGAUUUUUAGCCUCAAACUAAUGGCUACAGGCUAACCUGCAAUUAAGUCCUGCAUUACCUCUUUGUGCCACCAGGUGGUGCAGUGAGUCACUCACUGGACGCUCCAGACCUCCAGAGCUGCAAGAGAUUGUUUAUAAAGAGGCUAUAAACAAAAUUGAAUUAAAGUCAGAAGCUGAACGAUUUAAAUUAUCGCAAUUUGAGAUUUUUCGAUAAACAUUCGUGUACGUUUGAAAACCUCUUGUUGUCGCAGUCGUUCCCGGUUUAAAACUGUCUGCAUGUGAACAAAGUACGAAGAAAACUGAGUGCAUCCACUCAGUCAAGUUUCUGCCACAUUUUGUGGUCUGUACGAGUUUUUAUCGAAUUACACCGGUGCCCCCGGUGGUGAUUUCUGCCUCCGUUCAGCCUCACUGGCGCCUCCCUGUGGUACAUCUACAUCUCUACAUGCAUCUGUUUUACUGUCUCUUCACUGCACUUUAUUUUGUUUCUUUUCUAUCGGUACAACAUAAAAACUUGGGACAAAUCUAAAAACCUCAAACCUCAACCUCUGCAAAUCUGAAACAGUGAGUGAAGUCCAGAAGCCUUUUUUUUUUUUUAUCGAUCAAAGUGUCAGAUUUUAAAGAUGUUUUGAAUUCGAUUCAAAAGAAAGAUCAUUAAAAUUUCAUUAAAAAAUGUUCAAUAUUUAACAACUUGAUCCAUUUUAAACCUUUAAAAUUGAAAAAUGCUUAAAUACCUCCUUUUCAGGAUUUCAAGAUUUUUUUUCCUCCAGAUAUUUUAACUUUCUUUCAUCACUCAAAACCUUUUGACAUUUUCGGUGAAAUGUGAAAACUCAACCUAAAACUCUUUCUCGUAUUUUGCCUCUUUCUGUAUGUCUGACUUUGGGUUAUUUUAGACAAAAAACAGGAAAAAAAAAGUUUGAGUCUGUUAUAGUGAAUGAAUUUUUCACCAAAACUCCCAUCAGAUUCUUUUUGUUCUCUAAAACUUUGUUCGUGUUGGUUGAAAUGAGGAAGUAUUUUACUUUGAAAAGGAAGUUCUCGUGUGUGUUUUCAACACCGCAGGCCAGAAAAUGUUUACAGGAAGCAUAGUAACAAAGGAAAACCUGAAAAAAGCAAUUUCCUGCUGUUUUUGUCGAAAAGCACUUUCGUCUGAUUUUUAAUUUUUUUUGUGGGCGUUGUCGUGGUAACAUCGCCCUCUCAUGGUGCUCCGAGGUUCUGCGCUCAGUUGGUUCUGUCUCUGAUGUUCAUGUUUUUCGUGGGAAACCUGUUGCGUCCGAACAGCUGCCGCCAGAAUCUGUCGUAACUCAUUAAUGCUGAUUUAUUUUAGUUUUUCUUUUUGUUAAAUAUAAAGUGAGUGAACUUUGAA